AUGCUUGACAUGAUUUCACAGACUGAAACUAAUAACUCUGAUGCUACUCUUACAACAACAAAACCAGACCCCCAUUAUGAAAAAAAUUCUUCUUUAGGCCUUUUCACCAUUACUACUCCCAUCCUCCUUCUCUCUGGAGACCCCACUUCCCUCUCCAAAGUCUAAAGCUCCCAUCUUUUUAAGCACCCUUUUGUCUUUGGACCAUUUCUUUCUCUCAAGCACAAUCAUAAGCUUCCAUUACAUAACCAAAGCUGGGUUUUAAGUUUUAAACUUUUAACUAGUUUCAGAGAGCAGAACACAAUGACCCAGUUGGAGUUGUUCAAGAAAAUCAAGCGCUUCAAUCCUCUAGAGCCUUCUCUAAGCAUUCUUGGGUUUUUCUUGGUCACUGUUCUGCUCAUUGGGUGCUUCUUCUACUUGGAUUACCGCACAGUUGUCCAUGGGAUUCGCUCUCGUCUUUUGCAUGGUUCAGGUGGGAAAGCACGGUCAGGGUUUCUUGAUCAGGGGAAUGAAGGGUGUGAUGUGUUUGAUGGGAACUGGGUUUGGGAUGAGAGCUAUCCUUUGUAUCAGUCUCAGAAUUGCUCCUUUUUGGAUGGAGGGUUUAGGUGUUCUGAGAAUGGGAGACCUGACAGCUUCUAUACCAAGUGGCGUUGGCAACCCAAAGAUUGCAACUUGCCCAGAUUCGAUGCAGGGAUGAUGUUGGAAAAGCUUCGAAAUCGACGUCUUGUAUUUGCCGGUGACUCGAUUGGAAGGAACCAGUGGGAGUCUCUUCUCUGCAUGCUCUCUUCUGUAAUUCCUAACAAGACUUCAAUCUAUGAGGUGAAUGGGACGCCAAUUACGAAGCACUCAGGCUUUUUGGUCUUCAAGUUUGAGGACUUCAACUGCACAGUGGAAUACUACAGGUCACCAUUUCUAGUCUUUCAGGGCCAUCCUCCAGCUGGUGCCCCAGAGGAGGUGAAGAUGACUUUAAAAGUGGAUCAAAUGGACUGGCUUUCCCUCCACUGGAGGGAUGCGGAUGUGCUAGUCUUGAAUUCCGGGCAUUGGUGGAAUUAUGGGAAGACCAUUAGAGAGGGCUGCUACUUUCAAGAAGGGGAGGAGAUAAAGAUGAAUAUGACUGUUAAUACUGCAUACCGGAAAUCAAUGGAAACUUUGAUCGAUUGGAUUGAUAGUGAAGUCAACAUGAGCAAGACUUAUGUACUUUUUCGAACUUAUGCUCCUGUGCAUUUCAGUGGUGGUGAUUGGAAUUCUGGUGGUGGCUGUCACUUGGAGACUCUACCUGGAUUAGGCCCAUUGCCUGUUUUAUCUGACAGUGUUUACACGACUAUCUUUGAUGUGUUAUCUGAGCGAUCAAAUGAGUCACACGUAGGAAAAGUCGAUUUUCUGAAUGUAACAAACAUGUCUCUGUGGAGAAAAGAUGCCCAUGCUUCUCUGUACUAUUUAGGGCCAGAUGGACCAGCCUCAAUCAACCAUCAAGACUGCAGCCACUGGUGCCUACCUGGCGUCCCUGAUUCAUGGAAUGAACUUCUUUAUGCCCUUUUCCUUAAACAGGAAUCCAUUCGCUCAGGAAAUUCAACCAAAUCUUCCCAGUUUCCAUUGUGAAAGGUAUAAAAAGUUCCUCAAUUCACCAUCAGACUGAUCAUAGAAGGACUCCACUGCAAAGAAGGAUAAAAGGAGUGGAACAUUUUGCUCUGCUUUCUCACUAACUAGCGAAGUUCUGGCAUGCAAAGCUGAGAGUUACGUUUGCCUUGAGCACUAGCUGGAGCUCACUUAACAUGUGGAAAAUCAGAAUGACAUAUCGCAUUCGAAUGAGGAUGACACUUGGCUAGGCUAAUGGGUGCAGCAGAGAUGUAGUAAUUGGGGACAACACAAACCUCUACUUGAAGGCUUUAUACGGUAACUAUAGCACAUUUAUUGUUAACAGGCUUGAAAUUGAUUUAUAGAGCAUGUUAUACUUUUGUAGGGAUGUGAAGGAUUAAUGAGGCAAGCUUGAUAGCACUUGUAUAAACACCCCUGGUUUUGGUUUCCUCACAUGAUGUAAUUACACAAAAGAAAAGGAAUGAAAAGGUUUAGUUUCCAUGAUAUAACAGCUUGAAUUGUAUUACCUAUACAGUAUGUACUAUCAGCUUU